CAUUCUGUAAACAACAUGGCUUCCUUCUACGACGGCAAAAUGUUGGUGUCGCUCGCUUUAUUCGCCCUUAUUACGUUAUCACGAGGGAAAUUGCUAGGAGCACCGGAAGAUAUUGGUCUCAACGACGAUCGCGUCCAGGACGCUGCAGAAUUUGCUGUGGAUGAAUGGAAUAAGAUGUCGAAUGCAAUGUAUUUGAGUCAGUUGGUGGAAGUCCUGUCAGCCAAACAACAGGUUGUACAUGGAUAUAAUUACAUAAUGACAAUUGAGAUUGGACCAACAACUUGUCGCAAUGAGCCAGAUAUAGAUGUGACUCAGUGUAAGCUGGAUAAAACACAACAGCACUCAAUCUGUGAAGUGACCGUUAACGUCUUGCAGGACAAACCAGAGAAUGAACCCACCAUGACCUUUGCACAACGUAAGCCGAUGUGUACAACUGUAGAAAAGUUAAUAGGAGAUUGAUCUGUAAACUACAGUGACUUAUCACAAGGUCAUUGAGGUCAUCUCCAUGACAGCGAUAAGUAGUCAAGUAUAAUAAAAUUUAUUUAGUCUAUACAAGAGUUAUAAAGUGUUUGACCCUUCACCUCCUGUGUAAAGUUUGACCCCCACCUUCUAUCUCAACAUUAACCCUUUAUUUUACAAUAGUCCAUUUGUUAAAUGUGAUAAAUAAUGAAAAAUCAUAUUUUCAACUUCUAUGUUGCAGAUUUCAUUUCAUGAAAAAUUCUCCAAUUUUUUUUGUGGAUGAAUUUCAUUUUACCAAAAACAGAAGAAAUUAAAGCAGUUGAGUUUCAGGAAAAUAAAAUUUACUUAAAAGUUGUAAACCACUACUAAGUAUGUGACCGUAUUGUGGCUGUUUUUUGAUGCAUUAGUUCUAUAAAGGUAGCUGAACUGUUUUUAUUAUAUUACAUGUUAAUUACAAUUUAAGUGUACCUUAGAAAAUGGUGCUACUGAGUUUUCCCUUUGUACUGGUGACUCAAAUCUACAUCCUGGGGAUGGCUGGUAUCCUAGUAGUCUGAUAUUACUACUUUGAAUGCCAACAUCAAAAUUUUUCAUCUUUCACAAAAACAUUAAAUAUUUCACCGAGAACCACAUUGGGCGACACAUAUCAAUGUAUUUCACUGAAAACCACAUUGGGUAGACACAUAUCAAUGUAUUUCACUGAAAACCACAUUGGGUAGACACAUGUCAAUGCAUUUCACUGACAACCACAUUGGGUGGACACAUGUCAAUGCAUUUCACUGAAAACCACAUUGGGUGGACACAUGUCAAUGCAUUUCACUGAAAACCACAUUGGGUAGACACAUAUCAAUGCAUUUCACUGAAAACCACAUUGGGUAGACACAUGUCAAUGCAUUUCACUGAAAACCACAUUGGGUGGACACUUGUCCAUGUAUUCCACUGUUUUCUUAUAAAUGCAUGCAAUUCAUAGAGGAAAUCUUGUUAUAACUGGAUUUUAUUUUUACCAAUUUACUCCUUCAGUGGUAACCCGUUAAUUGUUAACAUAAAUUCAUCCUGUUAUUGAAGUAUUCUACAGUAAGGAACUAAUAGUUGUGUUCAAACAUUUUAAACUAAUCACUCAAAUGUAUAAACCUAACGCCUUGGAAUGGCUGUAUUAUAAAGAGAUGCAUGCUUAUGUGCCGUACAAUUAUUCAGUUUACAUACAUUGUUCUUAGACUGUAUUUAAAUCUGAUAUGAUUGUUAUUACAUGUGUCUCCUUAUUUACAUACUUCAGUGUCUUGAGAAGUUGGCUUUAAAAAAUAUGUAUUUACCAUUGCAUUUAUGUUAACCUUUUUAAAGAACCAGUUUAAUGUUCAAUUUUAGAAAUUAAAUAAAUGCAAUAUUAUUAUGGUAUUAAAAUGUCA